AUGCAGAAUGUUAAAUCAAACAAGUCCCGACUGGACGACAUGGUCGGUGCCGGGGGUCUGGUCGACGCGAGAGCCAAACAAGUCCUGAAAGAAGCCGUCGACGCCGUCGUCAACAGCUACACGAAGCACUCCCAAGGUUACAGGAAAGUCGACGUGGUCGAAGCACUGCAAGACUUUUGGCAAAUGAAGCAGAGCCGGGGCACGGAGCUGCGUAACGGCGCCCUGGUGAUUUACGAGUCGGUGCCGGGCUCGAGUCCGCCUUACGUCUGCUACGUCACUUUGCCGGGCGGCUCGUGCUUCGGCAGCUUCCAAAACUGCCCGACCAAAGCCGAGGCGCGCAGGUCCGCCGCGAAGAUCGCCCUCAUGAACUCCGUCUUCAACGAGCACCCGUCGCGGAAGAUCACCGAUGAUUUCAUCGAGAAGGCCGUGGCUGAAGCCAGGGCCAGCUUUUCCAACCCUAGCAGCGGUAACGGGGCUCCGUCCGAGAGCGAAGGUGACGACAACGAGGACCCAAACACCGGAAUCGGAGCCUUCCGGUUCAUGCUCGAGUCCAGUAAAGGCCGGACAAUGCUGGAAUUCCAAGAGCUGAUGACGGUCUUUCAGCUCCUGCACUGGAACGGCUCCCUGAAGGCGAUGCGCGAGCGCCAGUGCAGCAGACAGGAGGUAGUGGCCCACUACAGCAACCGCGCUCCCGACGACGACAUGCGCAGCCAGAUGGCCCUCGACUGGGUCGCCCGGGAACACGAGAGCGGCGGUGGGGUCGUGGCCAUGGAGCUAGAUCUCGCCGACAGGGAGCUGGAGACUGCCAGACUGGCCGGUCGGGAGCUGCGCUUUCCCAAGGAGAAGAAGGACAUUCUUUUGCUCGCCCACGCGCAGAUCUGCCCGCAGUGA